UUGGUUCUUUGGCCGUACUAUAGCCUUGUCUGCUCCCUUCCCUCUCAGUUUCAACUCUUUCUUAUCUCUCUCUCUCUCUCUCUGGCUCUCUCCAAUUAUUUUUUGUUUUUCCAUCACAAAGAUCGCAAAAAAUCAGCUCUGAACAGUGAAACAUAACCCACACACAUACACAACACCCUUUAAGAUGCGCCUCUCUUUUUCUGUCUUCAAACACUUGUUAUUCAAAGCUUCAACUUUCAACUCUUCCUUGUCAUCAACUCAUGCUUUUUAGAGGCUGUUUGGAUUGGUUCUGUCUCCAAUAUGGAUUUUGGGGUUCUGGGUUUGGAGGGUAUUGUGGGCCCUGAUAAUGGAGCUCCAUCUCAAACUCAACUUCCUCCACCACCACUCCUCUCAGCGGAGGCCAAGCCUAAGCUUCUUGGAUCUGGGUUUACCAAGCAAGAAAGAUCUUCUGACUCGGCUGAAGAUCACUGUAAAAGUUAUAAGUUACCAAGAACUGAUGAUUUAUCAACCCCAAAGACAAUGCCUUUGCACCAAGGCACUCCUUUGUUGAGAUCUAAUUCUUUGGUCUCAGCUGAUACUAGCCACCAAGAGCAUAUGCUAAGCUUCUCUUCACUCAAAUCUGAAGUUCCUUUUAUCAGCAAAGAUGUUGGCUUUUUGGAGAGAAGUACUCAAAACAGUGGCUUAUCUUACUAUCAACAUACACCGUCUACAUACACUAGAAAUGCAGGUUAUGGUUCUGGAAGCUUGAAUGCGAGCAUGCAUGGUCCUCUUACUGGGGUUAGUGGACCUUUUACUCCAUCUCAGUGGAUCGAACUAGAACAUCAGGCAUUGAUCUACAAGUACUUCACGGCUAAUGUGCCUGUACCUUCGAAUUUGCUCAUCGCCCUCAAGAAGUCCCUCUACCCUUACGGCUUGUCCAGCUCAUCUGCUGGAUCCUUGCCUCCCAAUUCUUUGGGAUGGGGUUCUUUUCAUCUGGGGUACGCCGGCAACACUGACCCUGAGCCAGGGAGGUGUCGUCGAACAGAUGGAAAGAAAUGGCGGUGCUCCCGGGAUGCUGUUGCCGAUCAAAAGUAUUGUGAAAGGCACAUAAACAGGGGCCGCCAUCGUUCAAGAAAGCCUGUGGAAGGCCAGACUGGCCAUGCCGGCUCUGGGACCACUAAUUCAAAGGUGGUGCCGAUGUCUUCCUCUAUGUCAGCAUCGGUGAUAACCAGUGGUGGUGCAUCCAACAGCCUCGCAAUUGCUCAGCAGCAACAGUUGAAGAACUUGCAAUCUGAUGUUGCCAAUCCUUCUGCUGACACCCUGGUCAACAGGUUGUUCCUAAACAAAGAGGACGUGCGUGGCAGAGUACAAGAUCCACGGGGGCUCUCCAUGAUGUCUUCCUCCACCAACCUGAAAUCUAACGACUCUACAUUUACUGUUACAAAACAAGGUAUUCCAUUUGCAGAAUCCUCUCAAUCAGUUUUUGGUCAUGUAGCCUCUGAUUCACUCGUUAAUCCCUCGCAUAGAAGCUCUUACGUAAAUUCUAAAGAGUAUGGUGCAUUCCUAGACUUCAGUAAUCAAGAAACCCAAGAUGAAAAUCCACUUCGCCAAUUCAUUGAUGACUGGCCUAAGGAUCAAUCUAGUCGUUCUGUUAUUACUUGGCCAGAAGAGUUAAAAUCGGACUGGACUCAGCUCUCAAUGUCUAUCCCUAUGGCGUCUUCAGAGUUCUCAUCAUCGUCUUCCUCACCGGUGCAAGAUAAACUUGCCCUUUCACCACUUAGGCUAUCUCGAGAGUUUGAUCCAAUCCAAAUGGGUUUAGGAGUGAACAGUGAUAUUAGUGACCAGAACCAAAAACAAGCUAACUGGAUACCGAUCUCUUGGGGAAGUUCAAUGGGAGGUCCUUUAGGAGAGGUCCUAACCCACACCACAAGCAAUGUGGGUAGCUGCAAGAACUCAUCAGCACUUACCCUCUUAUCUGAAGGGUGGGAUGGCGGCCCACAGUUAGGUUCUUCCCCUACAGGUGUGUUGCAGAAGGCACCUUUUGGUUCACUUUCAAACAGCAGUUCAGGAAGCAGUCCUAUAGCUGAGAACAAGAAGCCCCAUGGUGGUGGCAGCCUCUGUGAUGAUGUGCUUGGCUCCACUCUUGUAAGCUCUGCCUCGAUUCCUUCUGUAAUCAGAAGCUUAUAAAUUAAGUUAGAACAGAAGAAACUGUGGAAGAAAACUGAGCCUGGAGCAGGUUCAUUCGAAGAAGCUUGAAGAACUGUUUAUCUAAUUAAUUUUCUUUUCAUCUUUGUUCUCUUUAAGUUAUUGUUCUUUAAUUUUACAAAGUAGGAACUUUGACUAUAUCCAAUUUUAUAGAUAUUGAACGUUCUUGCGCA